CGGUCAUCAGUAGGAUUUGUUCCUACUGGCAAACGAUGAGGUUGCCUCCUUCGCCACUUCUUCCGCGCUUUUUGGCCACCGUCGUCAUCGUCUGGCACUGGCAGGUAGAAGCAAGAAGCAUUCCGAGUGAAAAACCGAGGCUCAUUCCUUGAUCAAGUGUUGCUAGAGUGAAAAGUGUCAAGUUUUUCUCCGGUGGCAGACUCACUCACUAAAGCAAAAGAAAGAUGGCAGAAGCAGUCUGUACCAAAAGUGUCUGGGUCGAGAAAAAUUGGAUUAAAAUGUCAUAAUUCAGGACUAUUGCCAAAGUUUUGCGUUCAUUGUGCGAAGCGAGCUGGUUUGUGGUGCGGACAAAUUGCAAACCUUUUUUUGGCGGCUUAUUUGUCUUAUUUUACCCCGCAGGGGACGGAAAGAAAGCUGUGCGGUGGCAGACCGGAGGAAAUCUUAGAUAGCUUCUAAGAAAAGGCGAAGAAAACGAGAAAUUGGGGGAUUUGUUUGAUUUCGGGUGCAAUCGUGUGUGAAGAAACGGAAGAAAGUAAAGAAGAGAUUUGUCUGAUGUCGGUGAGGCUGCGAAAGGAGAAGGGUUACGAUCCGGCUCAAGAAACAUGGGUGGUGGGAGGCAAACGUGACCUAAAGAGUGACUGUUUUCUGGGACUAGGAAAUAAAAAUGACACCAACGCGAUAAAGAAAGGAUUGUUGAAUGUAGAAGCAGUAUACUGAAGAUAAAUAUGUGUUUGAAUUGGCGGUAAAAUAAAAUAUCUCAUUUUCAUGUCUACAGACCGACAACUAUUCGAACUUGUACAAAACGAAAAUGUGAGAAAAAAGUUUUAGUAAAUGUGUAUAGAAUGGAUAAUCAUUUUGAUUCAAUACGGCAUUAAGCAAAGUGAAAAACUAAGCCAUAAGUUAGUUUUGCUGCAGUUAUGUUCAGAUAGAAACAAAAAAAAUCUCCAAAGUGAAAAGUUUCCAAUCGCCGACAGGAAAUGCAUUUUUAAUUAACUCACAUUUUGGGAUUUUUGCUUGCUGACGUUGUUACUGAAACACAGAAUGGCUGCUGGUGGCUUUUGGUUCGGUUGUACGUCGACGGAUGAUAGUGGGACGAUACUGGUGAUUGUGAUGAUGAUGCAUUCAAAUGUGUUGGUGCGAUAGACAGCCUAGAGUGCAGUUGCAGCUUCCGAGCACAGGAGAAAGCAGGAUAAUCACCACCCAACUGACUCUAUCAACGCAGGGAAAGUUAGGCUAAAGUAUUUUCCGUAGAAGUCUCUGUCGUUCGCGGCGAUGGAUCAAGUGUAAAAAGUUUCCCUUUUCGCGCUUUCAGUGCCAAUCGUAGAUGUGCACUCACGGGACUGCCAAAGUGUGAAAUAAUUAUUUGUGUACAUGUAUAUAUACAUAGUUGUCAUAUGAAAUCCAUUGCUCUAAAUUGCAGAAGCCAGUGAAACUGACGUACAGUAAUUGGAAAUCAAAUUAAGAGGGAUAUGUACCCGAUAGUGAACUCUAUAUCGUAGUGCAGGAGCAGUAGAAGUUUUGACUCAAAAUUAAGUGACUUCAGUAAAGUUGUAAUUAGUGGCUUUUGUGUACAAGAGGGAAAAAAUUCAUCAGUGCGCAAUGUGCUGCAAAAGUUUGCGGAACUUUAUGAUGCUAUGUAGAAAUUUUCAACGAAAGCAGUAAUUGCUGCCGGCUCCUUACAUUAUUGCUCAUCAUAUGAUUUUAUCAGAGGUUAACCAAAAUGGAUGUACAUGGCCUGCUGCUGAAGGCUGUUUGCUUGCUGUACAUUAUAAAAGGCGUCAUACUGUUGGAUCUUCAGGGACCUAUGUUUCUCAGUGAGCCACAGCACCGAGUGGAGUUUUCGAACAACACUGGGGGACACAUCGAGUGUUCGGGCCAUGGGAGUCCUCCACCAGACGUGGAAUGGUCGGUAGCGACAACCAACCACGAACUGGUGUACUCUUCACCGAACGGAAGUUUAAUUUUUUACCCCUUCUCGGCGGACAAGUUUCGGCACGAGAUCCACUCCACAGUGUAUAGAUGUAAAUUAAAAAACUUAGUCGGUACUAUUUUAAGCCGCGAAGUGCACGUGAAAGGAGUCGUUAAUCAGAAGUAUAAUGUGCAAGUACAUGACGAAUAUGUCAUGACGGGAAACACCGCGGUCCUGAAAUGUCAGGUGCCUAGCUACAUUCAGGAUUACGUGGUAGUAACAGCCUGGGUGCAAGAUACCGGCGUGCAUCUAUACCCGAAUACCGACAUCGGUGGCAAAUACAUCGUACUGUCGAACGGUGAUCUGUACAUAAACAAUGCUGGACCAAGUGAUGCGUACAAAACGUAUUCUUGCAGAACUGUAAAUAGACUAACAGAAGAAAUACAACUUUCGACAUAUCCAGGUAGAGUGAUAGUGACUGAACCGAAAGGACUAGUACAACCUAGAAUUAAUGUAGAAAAACAUUCACUCAAGCACGUGGUUGUGAAUGCCCACGUGACGCUGCCUUGUGUUGCCCAAGGCCACCCGGUGCCAACGUAUCGCUGGUUCAAGGAGGUCAAGGACCAGAUCAUUCCCCUGCAGUUAAAUGAACGGAUCAGCAUCGUUUCGGCAGGAUUGCUCAAAAUUUCCAAAGCCCGCCUGGAGGACAGCGGGAAGUACCUUUGCUGGGUGAACAACACGGCCGGCGAAGAGACAAUCCAGGUGACGUUGACCGUUACCGCUCCUUUAUCAGCACACCUGCAGCCGCAAGUACAAACCGUAGAUGUUAGUAAGGAUGCACAGUUCCAGUGUAUCAUUUCGGGGUUUCCCGCGCACGAAGUUCUGUGGAUGCACAACGGAAAGCCAAUUGUGCGUGACAGUCGGAUAGAAAUCUAUACCGAUACGCCACGAAUUGUGAUUAAAAACGUACAUAAGGAGGACCAGGGCAUGUAUCAGUGCUUCGUGUCCAACGAAUGGGAGCAAAUCCAGAGCACGGCAGAACUACAACUGGGAGAUGCGACACCGGAGCUACUUUAUUGGUUUUCGGAGCAGACUCUCCAACCAGGCCCGACAGUUUCGUUAAAGUGCGUUGGGACUGGAAAUCCUCCACCGCAAUUUACCUGGAAGCUGGAUGGUUUUCCGAUACCGGAUAAUUCCCGCUUCGUGGUUGGCCAAUACGUUACAAUACACGACGACGUAAUCAGCCAUGUGAAUAUUUCAAACGUUAAGGAAGAGGACGGUGGAGAGUACACCUGUGUGGCGCAGAAUAGUAUAGGAAGAGUUUCACACAGCGCCAAGGUGAACGUCUACGGGCUUCCAUAUAUCCGAGAGAUGCCUAAAAUAACUGGCGUUUCAGGUAGUGACCUGGUUGUUAAAUGUCCCGUGGCGGGGUAUCCCAUCGAUAAGAUACACUGGGAACGUGACGGUCAAACACUGCCCAUAAAUCGUCGCCAGCGAGCAUACAACAAUGGAACGCUAAUCAUCGAACAGCUGCAAAGGACCGAAGAUGCCGGGACUUACACAUGUAUGGCUCAGAACAAGCAGAAACAAACCGCUCGGCGAAACGUCGAGAUACAAGUUAUAGUGCCUCCAAAGAUUAUGCCCAUUCAAUCCAUGACGAACAUGCUACGGGAAGGAAUGCGGGCUGCCAUAUCGUGCCAAAUACUGGAAGGAGAUCUUCCGGUAACCUUUCGCUGGGAACGCAACGGAAAGCCAAUCCUCGGCACCGGAAACGAAGUUAUAAGGCGGCUAGACGAAUACUCCGCCAGCCUAGUUGUUGAACAUAUCACAUCCGAGUAUUCGGGAAAUUAUACCUGCAUUGCAAGUAAUGUCGCAGGCAGUGAAAGUUUUACCGUUCCUUUGACGGUAAAUGUACCACCAAAGUGGGUCUUGGAACCGAAAGAUUCCAGUGCUCAGGCGGGUCAGGACAUUGCUCUGCACUGCCAGGCGGGAGGUCACCCAAAACCAACAAUCGCCUGGAAAAAAGCAAUCGGAAGCACCCCCGGUGAAUAUAAGGAUUUUUUAUACGAGCCCAACGUCUCACUGCACGCAAACGGAACAUUGGAAUUCCGAAAGAUUACCAAAGAAUCGCAGGGGCAUUUUUUGUGCGAAGCAAAAAACUCCAUCGGGACCGGUGUCAGCAAAGUCAUUUUUCUCAAAGUUAAUGUGCCUGCUCAUUUUAACACUAAAAGCAAACAAAUAACAUCUCCACGAAACAAACAAAUUCAUAUCCAGUGCAACGUACAAGGCGAUAAUCCCAUCGAUAUCAAAUGGAAGCUGCAAAACUCACAGCAACACAUCGACGAAUCCUUGGACAACCGGUAUAAUAUCCGGGAACAGGUUCUGGACGAUGGUAUGGUUUCGGAACUGGGAAUUUCCCAUACCUACCGGCAGGACACAGGAGUUUACGUCUGUCACGCAACGAAUGCUUUCGGUCAUGACGAAAUGUCGAUUCAGUUGGUCAUCCAAGAAGUUCCAGAACCACCCAAGAAUCUUCGGAUAAACUCACAACAAUCGAGAACUCUACAGCUCUCUUGGAGCCAACCGUUUGCAGGAAAUAGUCCCAUCGAAAAGUACAAUGUGGAAUAUAAACUCACGACGGAUUUGUGGCAAUCGGCUGAACACAUUACAGUAGCGGGGACACAAACCGUCAUAACGUUACAAAAUCUCAAACCAGCGAAAGCAUAUCAUAUUCGGAUAUCUGCCGAAAAUAAACUGGGUGCUUCCGAGUAUUCGGAAGUGAUCCAAGUGACAACAUUAGAAGAAGUGCCUUCUGGUCCACCGUUGAACAUCAAGGGUGAAUCGAAAAGUUCCACCGAAAUCUUCCUCUCGUGGGAAGCUCCAGAUCGUGAGCAAUGGAAUGGUAAUCUAUUAGGUUACUACGUUGGCUAUCAGGAAGCAUCUGGACCUAAUGAUAAGGAAAUCAAACCAACUCAAGGCUUUAAUUUUAAAACUGUUGAAGUAAGAACACACUUUGGCGGAGAGACCACACUCACCAACUUGAACAAAUGCACCCAAUACAACAUCGUGGUGCAGGCCUACACGAGUCAAGGAAGUGGACCACCUAGCAAGGAAAUUGCAAUAGGUACGCUCGAGGAUGUGCCUUCAACACCUCCCGACAGUCCCAAAUGUGACGUACUGAGUUCAACAUCCAUCUACAUCACGUGGUCUCCUCCAGCACCCGAGGGGCAAAACGGAAAAAUCCGAGGCUACAAAGUGUCCUAUAUUGAAAUUGACGAUCUUUUUGAAAAAGAACCUUACGUAACAAAAACCAACAACCAAUACAUGACUCUGGAGAACUUGAAAAAGUUUACGAACUACACUUUUUGGGUGCUCGCUUUUACAAAAGUCGGUGAUGGUGUACGGACCACUUCUUUCUUUUGUACCACUCAUGAAGAUGUUCCUUCAGCACCAAAAUCGAUCAAAGCUGUUCCUGCAUCGAGCACAAAAAUAAUUAUUUCUUGGCUACCUCCGGCAAGUAAAAAUGGCAUAAUCACCGGUUAUACGUUCUACAUGGCACUCGUAGAUGGUGGCAGAGAUGAAGGAACCCACAAGAGAUCACUAGUACCGUACGCAGAGAUACACGAAACGGUAAGGUUACAGGAGCAUGCCACCUAUCAGUUCUGGUUGACGGCGUCUACGAAAGUGGGCGAAGGUGAAAAAUCGGAAGUGAUCACAGUUCCUCCAAACAAUAAAGUUCCUGCUCGGAUUGUGUCCUUCAGCCAGGAAAUCAUAACGCCAUGGAAAGAAACGUUGGUUUUACCGUGCAGAAAAGUUGGAGUUCCAGCACCUGUCACAAUCUGGCGGCAAGACGAUCAACCAAUGGAAACUGGGACGAGGAAAUUGAUUGCUAAAAACGGAACUCUUUACAUUAAAGACUGUCAGCAUUCGGAUGCUGGAAACUAUACCUGCAGCGUGGAAAACAACUGGGGUAAAGACGAAAUAGUUUACCAUAUUAAGAUAAAGGUUCCUCCAGACCCACCUAGCCUGUCCGUUAUCAAUACUUACACUGAUAGUUUACUACUCGAAUGGUUGGAUAAUCGUCAUGGAGGUUCUCCAAUUCUUGGCUAUGUCAUAAAUUACAAACGAGAGCAUGGCGAUUGGGAGGAGAUCCAAAUAGAUUCUAAAACUAACACUCACCUUUUGGUGAACCUAUGGUGCGGUACAAAAUAUCAGCUGUACAUUACGGCCUACAACAAAAUCGGUACCGGUCUUCCAUGUGAUAUUGUACAUUCCCAAACGAAGGGAUUGCCUCCAGUUCAGCCGAAACACUCGCAAAUGAUAACGAAUAACUCAACUAGCGUAACUUGUUGGUUGGAUUCGUGGGGUGAUGGAGGCUGUGGGAUUUCCCAUUUUUCUGUGGAAAAUCGAGUGUUCGGCAGAUCACAGUGGAAUAUGAUUUCAAAUCAUGUUGAAGCAACCGAAAGGAUAUUCACUGUGUCAGAGUUGAUACCGGCUACCAAGUAUCAACUUCGAGUGACUGCUUACAACAAUGCCGGAGCUACGAUGGCAAUAUACAAUUACACUACGCUGACUGUUUCUGGAGUGAUUGUUCAUCCUGAUUUGACUAAUCCAGUUUCACCCCACUUGGGAGACAAUCCUUUCUACGCGAAUUUCAAGGUUCUGGUGCCCCUUUGCCUGUCCAUUCUGAUUCUAUUCGGACUGAUAGCAGCGGCUCUUCUUAUUCGAAAGAAAAAGCUCAACAACCAGAACCGAAUACCAUCAACGUCAAUGUCAGAAUCACCAUCGAUUGCCAACAUCCAAAACAAGCAAAACCGGGACCAGCAAUAUCUGGCAGUUCGCGCCCAACAAAACAGCCGAAAUAGCAAUUCUGUUGAUUCCGGUAGCUUUAAAGCCGAAGGAAAUGAAUACAUUGAAGACAUUUGCCCGUAUGCAACAUUUCAGCUGAACAAGCAAACGUACAGCGAAAGUUCAUACAGUGGAAAUGUUUACAGUGGACCCUAUCACUCGGUAAGAGGAUCAUUUGUGUAUCAUGAUGUAAAAACCGAAAAUUAUCAUAACAAAGAACCAGAAUAUACAAAAGUACGCAGAAAGGGCGGAUCUCGUCUGAGGGAUCCGGCCACUUCGGAGCCGAUAGAUAUAAAUCAAUUUAUAGAAUCUGACAAUCCCGGAUCCACAGAUUCCGAAGUUAGGAAGAUACUAACACUUCAUAUACCGAUUACAGAAUAUGAUACGCUUGGUUCCGAGUCCGACAACGACAUGGCCUCGCGUUCUAACCAGUCCAACUACCGACAUCACAGAGACACUCAGGACGAAACCUCUUCGUCUUCUGAGAAUUCACCUUCUAGUGUAACUAGAAAGUCGAAACCACCGUACCCGCCGCGAAAAUCGGCCAAAUCAUCGCAGAACCUGGCAAAACGACACGUCCGGAGUUCCAGCGGCUACUCGAGUCACAACGAGGAGACAACGUUUAGUAUAUCUAAUUAUCCAAAUUAUUCCGAUCAUAUAACGCCGCCAGCCAGGUUCUCCGAUAUCCUAGGACGGGACGCCACGUUGGCAGUCUCGUCCGUGAAUCCCUCCGGGCUGGUGGGCAGUGCCAGCGAGCUCACUAGUACGAAAAAGUCGAGCAAUCACUCGCCAAGACCACGUGCCAAUCAGAAGCUUCAACGAGAAGCAUUCCAAAUCAAUGUGUGAUGGGAUUGUUACAGCGAUUUUCAGGAGUUUUAGGCCGAGCUCAUCAAUCAUCUCAUCUAAGUACUACAUGUCGCUAGAAUGCGCCAAAACCAUAGGGACAUCAUCGCAUUUACUCAUCAACCUUUACUCAUUUGCUAGCAAAUGUGAAAAUCCUGAAACAAAAGGGAACUCACUUGGUGAAUUCGUGUUUGUUAUGUUGUUCUGAAGUAGAUUUCUUUCGUCAAUACGAUUGUCAUAUUUAUAAUAUAAAGGUAAAUAUGCCACGAAGUUAUUUGAAGUCAAUCAACCUUUUUUUUCCAUUAUUCGGACCAUACCUAGAAAUGACAUUUUGUGUUUGGAAUUCAUUGGAAAUUUCAAUUCAUGGCAUUUUUCCUCACUGCAUAUCGUUAGUGGAAAAAGAAAAGUAAAAACUGCGCAAUGACGUAAAGAUACAAGUGAGAACACAAAGAGAUUGUUAUCGAAUACCAUAGACUUAACUAGAUAGUUAUUUGAUACAAAAAUUUAACACAAAGAGUGAAAACGCGCAACAUUCGCCAAAAAAGAAAUAGGAAAAGUGAUGUGUAAAUUCGUUUAGCUAUUUUAUAUCAAGAUAAUAUUUUAACGUCGGUAGUUACCCCUGCGGAAGCAGAUUUGUUGAGCGCAUCUCAAACAAUUGCUUUUUUCCUUACAAAAAAGAAAAUCUGUCGCUACAUGUUUAGGUUUCAACAAUUGACUUUUAUAGUAGUUAGUAUGGUUACGUUGAACUCUCGUUGAUGGGAAGAAUUAGUUAGACACUAGAAUCACUCCAAAACACACCACUAUUAUCACCAUGUGAGCUUUAUUUAUACAAGAGCAAGUCAAUCUCAUUUCACAAGUAGUGACAAGUACAAUAAGCCUAGAACGUAUCGAAUCAUGUUGAGCGAAUGAUGGUCGAUUGAUUUUAUAGUGAAUUUAUUUAGUUAACCACACACGACUGACUGAGUGUUGUCAAGGGGACUGUUGCAAUCUUAGGGGAAAAUCUAAGAAAGUAUAGAACACACACGAAAAACGAAUUAGGAUAUUAUUUUCAAGAAUGUAUCGAUAUAAUCGAUCACUCCAGGAGCCAAGAGGUCGAUAGCUGUUAAUAAAUGUGUAAAAAUGAAAAAAAUAGUAGUUAAUACGGAGAAAUAAUUGAACAAUCUAGUCAAAAUGCAACCCCAAGAUAGAAAUUUGCAAAAACAAAUCACAACAUUUCACUUCCCAAAUGUAAAUAAGAGACAAAAAUUGAAAAACAAAAACACAAAAACUCACAACUAAAACAGCCAAAAUUUUUGUAAGUGGUACUGAAAACUUUUUGCAAAAUCAUAGUUCAUGGGACAGAAACAUGUUGUGACUAUAAAACUCCAAAA